UUUAGCUGCGCGGUUGCUUUUCUGCUUUUUGACUUCUUCUAGUUGGUUGCAUUUGAUCGAGACUCAAGUAUCGGGUGCGUGUGGAGCCUGGAAAGGAGCAUUAGGAAGUGUCUGGGGCAAACAAACAGAUAAUUUGAGAUAAUUCUCUGCGUGUGAAACUAGUUCAGAAGAAAUUGGCGGUGCUUAGCACGAGUCCACGGCACUGAUUUUUGUUCAACGCUAACGGCCCAAGUGCAGUGGUGAAUGCAUGUUAGCUGGUGUCCAAUUUACGAAAUGUGUUGACUGUGCGGAACCGAAGUGGAAUCAUCAGCCGACUGGUGCUAGUUUCAGUGGAUUAGAGCAUAGUUGACACUGGGUGAAAUUUGCAAAGACUGUUAGAAAAUUCUUCGCAGUGCCACACCAAGGAUAGAUGAGAUCUCUCUAACGAAAGUCGUUAUUGGUAUAAUGGAAAUACGAUGGUGCUGGAUAGCUUACAUACUUCUAAUUGUGAUUACGCACAAAGCUGGAACGCACAAUACUCAACCGACGGAUGAUUCAGGCAGUACUGGUAGUGCAAGUGAUAAUAGCGCUAACAACAGUAGGACUGAAAGUAGUAGUUUAAAUAGUAGUAUUAGCAGUAGCGAUAGUGAUAGUAACAGUAACAGCAACAAGUCUUCGCAUCCAGUCAUAAAUAAUGUUAAAGUGGAGGAGCGAUACGCUGAGCCAUAUCAACAACCGUUAGCCAAAUCCAGCUUGAAAGACACUGCAAACAAGCUUAAACAAGAUAUUGAAUCUAAUUAUAAUUUGGAUGAAAUAAUUGCCAGCACAGAGACCACGGCGACUAAAAGCUUGAAAAAAUACCUGUUGAAGGAAAACAAAAAGUACAGGAAAAAGUAUGUGUCGAACGACGAUUAUCGCCAGCCAAGCGCUUCCGAGCGUGAGCCCAGGGAAUCUCCCCUUGCUGAGGACGAUGCAGCAACAACAUCAACGAAGACGACGCGCAAAUUGAUCGAUGAGUCGGAGAAACCUCACAGCCGUAAGAAGCGAUUGAUUUGGAUAACGGAUGACGGUAGGUUGGCGCUUCCCCCGGGCACCUCGCUGACAAUUGCGCCCACGAUUGCGAUGCCAUUCGUGCGCUACCCACCAACGGGAUUUCUCUCCAACAUUUCUAUCAGCUUACCGGUGACGAUUGACUUCGAUAAGCUGGGACUGACAGAUAAUCAGAAUCCGUUGGGUGUCCUUCCUCCGCUGUUGGCUCGAUCAAUGGGUCGGGCCGCUGGCAGUAUUCUGGCUGAUUACGUUUCGGAUUACAUGCACACAAGGAGAAGAAAAAGAAGUGCAGCAAACGUCCAUGGCAAUGAAAACUUCAAGAUUACCUCUAACUUUAUCGAUGAAGAGGACAACCAACGGAAAGCACCCGAGCUACCGGAGGAGCAUAAGCAUGCAUUCCAUGGAGGAGAAAGAGCGCUGUUGUAUACAGUAGUAGAGGACUUCAUUGCUAACUUCGGAUUAGAUGGGAAGGCCUGCAUGUUGCGUGCGAUCUGUGAAAUUCAUUCGAAGCCCGUUGAAAGGUUUGGAUUGAUAGGCGAGGUCCUAAAACUCUUCUUCACAGCCUCGCUGUCUCCGUAUUCAGAGCACCUGGAUGAAUAUGUUUCAGCAGAAAACAUCGGAAAGGGCGAAUCAGGACCGGGAGAAUGCUUCCCAUAUUACAAGGACUGUCCCAAGAGCCUUUUCCGAAUGGGAAAUAAUUUCCAGCAUCGCUACAACGAUGAAUCAGUACAUGGUUCCACGCAGGAUGAUUUGUAUGACAACGAGAUCGAUGACAUUGAACGUGAGAUACCCAAAGAUGAAACAAUGAUACAUUUGGAGAGAGGUGUGAACAAGGUGGCAAUGUAGAGAACGAUUGAUUAUUAAAAAUUGAUUUAUGCUAUGCUCACACGGGAGGAUUUGGAUGUUUUGCUAGUUAAACCUUGAAAAUUCGUUUUUUAUGUACAUAUGCUGAAUAGUUGACGAUUAUUGUACCAUAAUUUGUAAAUAAAAGAUGUGGUACGAUUGAUGACGGAUUAUAAUAUGCACUUGAUCGUCGUUCGUUCGUUGAUUGAUUUCUCAUUUUUUUAAAUUAAAUAUUUUAAGUAUUUAAAGUUCAAAUAUUCGAUCUUUAAAUACUUGUUCAAAACCCAUAAGACCAAAAUAAGGGUUCCUCGUGGUACUCGUGUUUCUGAUGUUUGUGCAAAACAUUUCUUCCUCUCACCACCUUUGGUUGCUUGAUUGCAAGUGUGAUUAUGGCAUUAUCAAAAUAUUCAAUAAGGGAUUGAUAUAAAAAGUGUAUGUAAAAGAUGACUUGGCUUAGAAAUUUCAAUUCCAAAGUAGACUGAAUUUAAUUUCCAGUGGAGUUUCCAGAAUUUGCGUUUAGAGUGCAUUUAUUUAUUUUUAUUUAUUUAUUUAAAUUAUUUGUUUAUUUUCCAUACAUUUUUGUUUCUAGGGAAAGCACAGUAGACCAAAAUUAUCCUUUCCAUAAUGAAUAAAUAAAUUUUGUUAUGGUUUUCAACUAAAUGGAAUGUAUAUUAAGAAGCUUAAUAUUAUUUAUCAGUUUUGUAAAAUAUGUUAUGAAGCAUUCCACUUUUCGAGAUUUCAAACGAGAACACAGCUCCAUAUACAAUGCAAUUGAAGACGAGUUCAAAUGCUAAAAUUUAAGUGUAUUAAGCUUUAAAUAUCAGAGCCUCUAGAUUUCAGAAUUAAAAAAAACGUAAUCCAUGACCGCUGUGAAUACUAAGCAGUAAGCCUGUCUUGUGUCCAUAUUAUCAUAAACAUGCUUUAGGAUAAGUUUUUUCCUCAAUAUUCAGGGUAUGAUGCUUGUCUUUAUCAAAAUGAACGAAACACUGUUAAGCGCCAAUCAUGACAUAUUGAAUUUUGUAUACGCAACAAUAGUUUAGGAUUAGGAAGACUGAGGUGAUUGUCAUAGGAAAUGGAAUGUGUCAUGCUACAGAUCAAUACGAAAAAUAAAUCUUUAUGACUUGUUCUGAAAUGGUGUAACUAGUGCAAGAUGAUUAUUAGAUUUGUGCGAAUAAUAGAAUAAGCGAAUGAU